AGAAAGCAGCAUUCUAGUACUUGUGAAAAAAUAUUCAUUACCAUCCUCAACAAUAUUUCUUAAACUUAUUGUGUUCACUGUUAUUUAUUCGAGCGUCAUUAAGUACAAGAAGACACACCUAAAAGAUUUGUUAAAGGACUAAAUCCAACUAUGUUUUGUCUUUGCAAAAGUGCAACAGGGUUGAAAACUCGAUUACAUGCGUUUCAGCGGCGCAAGCCGGUUACCAGGGUAACCACGGCAAAUCUCGCGUGAAGAUUACGCCUGUUGUGCAGGGUUGAAAUGAGGAAAAGUGGAAAAUCGAUUGAUUAAUGCACUCGUAAAACGGCGAGUUAGCUACGGUGCCCGUACUGCUAGCACAUUUUUUCAUGGAAACCUACCCGGAUUGCAAGAUUUCGCGUUGCAAACUCUAUCCUGCAGCUCUGCGUGCGGUUUGAAGCGACCCAAAGGAUACGGUUAUAUCCUAGCGAGCUAAUGUGGCUAGCAUUGCUAACAUUAGCUUAGCUUUGUUUACAUCAAGUGCGCGCCUGGCGAUUUUUUUUUCUCGUUUUUGCGAAUUUCAGCCCACUUACAUUUUAUCUCUGCAGCUAAACACCACUCAGGUGUACGUCAGUGAUAUGUUUAUGUUGCACUGUAAGCAAGCUAUACGGAUAUCUCAAACUAUUUGGCACUUAAAACGUUUGUACGCUAAUGCUAGCAGCGAAAUGCUAAUGCUAAUCUUCUGAAUUAAUUGUAGGACCUGGUCACGUCGUUACGUGUGCAAUUUUAGACAUAUUCUAUUUUUGUUUACAAAAAGUAUGAUAUGGAGGAGCUAUUUGACGUAAAUAGUAAAAACCGUGAACAAGUGGCGUUAACCUGAGUUAGCCACCUGCUAAGCUAGUCAUCGUGGUGUGCAUUUAUUGCACAAAUUAUUUCGGGUUUGCAAUCAAAAGCUGCAUUCGUAAGGCACUAAUUGAUGCACCAAUAGGCCACCCGUCCGUCUUUUUACCCCAGAUUGGGUCUCAAGCGGCUGGACUUUUUUUUUUAAGGGGAGCUUAUCGCUAUGAAUCCUGUAAAAGCAACCGCCUUGUAUGUGUCUGCCAGCCGGGCCGUGCUGCAGUGCGAUCCGCGGCAGCCUCACACCUUGGCGGAGAUGUACAAGCUGCUGCCCUUCUUCCGACAGUCCCUAGCAUGUUUAGUCUGCGGUGAAUUACUUCAGGAUCCAAUUUCACCGAUGCAUCCCGAGUGUCAGCAUUAUGUCUGCCUAGGCUGUAAAGGCAAGAAGAUGCAGGUCAAACCUUCAUGUAGCCGCUGUAAGGACUAUUCCUGCUUCCAGGAGAACAAGCAGCUUUCUUUACUAGUUGAGUGUUACAGAAAGCUCUGUCUGUACGUCACUCAUUCGCCAUUGCUUCAGUUGAUCAGCGGCCACGUUGGAGGGUCUCCGGAGGUCAUGUCCUUGUUAGAGGAGGUGCUGUUGACGCACAAAGAGGACACAGAAAACUCGAGCUUUGCACAAGAGGAUGUCAAUCUGUCCGUUCACGAGUCCCGCACCCCGACAGAGGCACCACCUGCUCCUGCUGAGCUUUCAGCUGUUCCUCAGACCUUCUCGUCCCACCCUCCCCGUUUUAAUGGGACACAGAGAUGCAACGGAGAAACACUGGAGGACUUUGAUCCCUCCUCCCCUGAGCUGGAAGUUUGUGAGCUGGUGGAGGAGCCGCCGCAUACAGAGCUGUCGGUGUCUGAUGCAUCGUGUGGUUUGGCUCUCAGUUUGACCUCCGGGCCUUUAGCUCCAACACCAGGCACCGUGUGCUCACUCAGGGAUGGAGAACUGAGCAGCAGGGAGCUCGAGGAAGGAGAAGUGUUGCUCCUCAGCGUGGAGGAGGUGUUGCAAACCCUGGACCCCCUUCAGCCCAGUCGAGACUCUGUUCAUUCACAGCCAGAAAGGACUCACACACACCUAACCUCGGACAGAGCGCACACGCAAAUGUACAUACACCUGGAUGCAGCCCACAACUACACACAGUCUCACAUGGGAAGGACUAACACAGCGGCAAGCCACGGUGCUCGCAUACACACAUCUUCCUUCAAUCCCCCACCACCCUCCAAACCUCCACCGGUCCGCCUUAACCGCAAGCGAUCUCGUUCAGAGAGUGACAGGGAAAAGGUGAAACCUCUUCCCAUCUCCUCUAUCCUGCAGGGCUCCUCCCCAAACGCACACUCGCCAACCUUCUCUCACACGCUGCACCCAAAACCCCCCACAGCUUCUUUGUCUGUACCAGCACACACAUACUCGUCACUUCCUAACGGGGCACCGCCCAAGCCCAGUCGGCCUGUGCAGAACCACAACAAAGGCAGCAGGAAGCACUCGGAUCAGAAUCCCAAGAAGAGCCACGCCAAGGCCCGGAGCAGCGGGCUGUCUAAGGCCAAGGACAGAAGUAAAGAGCAGCGCUCAAUGUCGGGCUGUUUGGUGCCAGCAGCGCCGGUCAGGCCUCCGUACAAAAAGCCAGUGGAGAAGAAGGGCUGUAAAUGUGGGAGGGCGACGCAGAACCCCUCUGUGUUGACCUGCAGGGGGCAGCGAUGUCCCUGUUACUCGAACCGCAAGGCCUGCUUGGACUGCAUCUGUCGAGGCUGCCAGAACUCCUACAUGGCCAACGGUGAGAAGAAGCUGGAAGCCUUCGCCGUUCCGGAGAAGGCCUUGGAGCAGACGCGGCUCACCCUCGGCAUCAACCUGACCAGCAUCGCCGCCGCCGCCGCGCUCCGCAACCCGGCGACCACCAACAUCCGAGCGAACACCCUCCUCAACGUCGCCACAGCAACGGGGACACCUGUAACCACAGCCUACCUGGCCCCAAGCCCCCCACGAGACCCCACUUAUGAAGACAGUCUGGAGCUGCUGAUUGGAUGAGAGGCGGUGACUCUGAACAUAGACAGCCUGGUGCUGAUAGAAUGUGACAGCUGAUGGGUCAGUCAACCUUUACCUGUCCUCCUGAGGGGAGGAAGUCUAUGGCAGCUAUGGAUCUGUCCUGUAAUCUGCUCUUCUUCUGUGUCGGAUAAUGUGGAGUAGUCAGACUAGCAUGGGUGUGCCAAAGCCUCCUGGAUCGUGCCUGUGUGCUGGUGUGCGUUGUUGCCUGUGUGUAGUUUAACAUUUGUUCCGGUUUUGAACUUCAGAGGUGCUCUUUCUGUUCAUAGACCACAGACUUACUGUACGAGGCAAUAGAAACCCAUUCCAGGUGUUGUUUGUGUGUGUGUGUAUGUGUGUGUGCACAAAAAGUAGUAUGUGCAUGCAUGAGCGAACUCUUUUCUAAUUUUGAGCUUAAUGACAACACUGGCGGAUCAACAUUUUGCUGGUUGAAGUAUUACUCCCACAGAUAAAUCGGGUUCAGGGCGGCCCUCGCUACACCUUAACCCUUUGUGUUUCCCACUUCAGUGACUUUUGUGACUUAUCCACGGACUAUUUCACGCUAAGCUAUACGCCGUCUUUGAUCAUAUUCAGUUGAGCACUGUCGUCUGUAAUUUGUCUUAACGAGAGUGACGGGUUCAAGCGUCGUCUGUGCUGCACGUCCAAGCACUAGGCCUGCUCCACGGUUUGUGUUGUGUGUUAGUUCCUACUUAAUAUCAGUGGGGAGGUGGGUGGCUAGCGCUUAGUCGGACUGUCCAAGUCACAACUAUAACCUUUCACGGUUACCAUAGCAAUAGGAAGUGUUGUCGAGGAGGCUCCUGCUCUUGUGCACUCGAAACGUUUACAGUGUUUGGCAUGACCGCGUCUUCGGAGGUCCUUGUUUUUGUUGUGAGGUUGUUCACGACUGUGUGUGUAGAUGAGCUGAAGCCAUAGGUUGUCAGAAACAAAAUCCCCCCCUCCCCGGCGCCCCCCACCCCCCCACCACCACAUUUGACUGAUCAGAGACUAUUUUUGAUAUGAAAAGAGUCCGAAUGAGUUCCAGAGUUUUCGGGUUCCUUAUUCGUGUCUCAGCUGUUACUCCAUCAUCAGUCCGCCUACAGCGACCAAAAAACAGACUGGAAGGAGGAAGUGGAAAAGCAGAUAACAACACGAUCGGCUAUUAAGACCCCACUUCCUGUGUGAAAGCUUCAAUAUUUUAUUUUGGGCAUUAAUUGAACCCUGACUCUUUCAGGGUUUCUGUCAGAGACAAAAGGUUUGAGGAGUGCUGAUUAACGAUGAGACAUCCACUGCCAUAUUACAAAGACAUGUCAUACAACAUGAAUUAAAAGAUAGUUUUUUACUUUUUCA